AAUAAAUAAAUAAAGAAAGAAAGAAAGAUGUCAGCUGAAAACCCCAAUUCAAUGGGUGAUUUUCUUCAACAAACCCUAGCUUCAUGCUCCAAUUCAAUUAAAAAUGGAGACUUUAAGCAAUCUGAUGAAUACAUAUCGGAGCUUGUUACCUUUCUCGAUUCGAUAUCCGAUACUAAAGACGAACUCGAAUACGAGAAUUUGGCGUUUGAAGCCCUUUCCCAAAUUUAUCAUUACUUGAUUUCACCUUCCCUUGAUCAGGCCGUUACAGAUGAAUUAGCGUUUGAGCUGCCAAAGGCCGUAGCAAAGUUGGCUUGUGCGUCUGCUAGGUGUUUUGAGAAUGCUGAAAGGAUCAUUGAUCGUUUCGUUGAGACUUGUAGUCCUCGAGAUAUGGUUUCGAUUCUUUGCGAGGCAAUGGUUUCUCCAAGUGAUGGCUUUAGUAAUUCUUAUUUUACUCCUCUUUUUGGGGCCUUGGCAAAGGUUUUUGAGGCCCUCCAGAGAAGAACCUUUGAGCAAGUAAAAGCUGCCCUUCCUGUUGUCCUCAAGGCGUUAGAGGUCACAUUAUCCGAUCCAGAAGAUGAAGAUACUGGCUUAUUGAACUUGCUCAAUAAAGCAAUAUUAAUCGCACAUUCUCUCAAAGCAGUAUGUCAAAAAAUGGAUCACAAAGAUGAGAAGCUCGUUGCUUUAUUUAGUCUGUAUGUCUUACAAAUCAUGGCUUUGAUUUCAAAUAGCUUGGGAGCAGAAACAUCAAAGUGUUUUCCGAUGACGUCACAGCUGUCACACUUACUUCAGUAUUGUGGGUUAUCAUAUCUUGGUUUAAUAACUGGACAUGAAGUGGACACAACUAUUGACCUUCUUUCUCAAGGCGAUGAAGUUGAUUAUAUCAAUUGUUUUUCAUAUGUCAGAUCUGGAGCAGUCCUUACAGUACUUUGGAAAGACUUUUCAUGUGAAGUUGCUGAUGCUACAAAGGAAGAUUUGGAUGCUGUCAAAGAUGAACUCCGUAGUGAUCAAAUGAAAAGGUGGCAAGCAGUUGGCAUGCUGAAACACACAUUUGCUUCUGUUAAUCUUCCAUGGGCAUUGAAAAGGCAUGCCAUUGACUUUCUAUUUUGCAUUAUGGAAGGAGUUGACUGUCACCAAAAUAAUGAUGAAACAAUGGAGCAUUCAGAGUACAUGCCUACUCUCUAUGCUGCUUUACAGGCCAUUCAACUUGUCAUUGUAUACGCUUCAGAUCCACUGCUGCGGAAAAGAGCUUUUGAUACUUUCAAGAUGGUGCUUGCAGAUCUUUCACCUUCUUUGAGGUUUGACAUUUUAAUGGCUCUGAUAAGAAACAGCGAGUUAUCCUCCAUGAUUGCAAUUCUUCUGGGCUUAGUCAAAGAUGAAAUGUUCAAGGAAUAUCCCCAAAAGGUUUCAAAAGAAAUUGGGGAUGCAAAACAAGAAAAUGACACCUUUAAACAUUCAUCUCCAUUCUGGACAGUCAGUGUCCUUGAUUGUGUGGAGUUUGUUUUGAAGCCACCAAAGGGAGGACCACCAUGUCUUCCCGAAUUCACUGAUGCAGUAUUGUCUGCACUCAACCUGUAUAGAUUUAUAUUGAUCACCGAGUCAUCAGGAAAUACAAACUAUACUGAAGUGUUGUCAAAGAUAAACUUGCAGAAGGUCUAUCGGGAAUGGCUCGAGCCUCUAAGAGCUUUAGUCUCCAGUGUUGCAGUUGAAAACCACAAAGACAACGAUCAACUAGCAUUUGAUGCAGUAUGUGCUCUUAACCCUGUAGAGUUUGUUUUAUAUCGAUGUAUUGAACUUGUAGAAGAAAACCUUAAGCAUCGUACUUAGGUCUUAGGUCACGGUUUCUGCCUAUUUUAUGUGAUGAUUUAAAGCUUCUUGGCAUCCAUAUUGAUGUUACAUAAAUUUUCCUUGAUAUAAUAGAGAAACAUUGCUCCAAAA